GCCUCUGCCUUCCCUUUGUUAUCGAAAUACUUACUGCGGUGGUGUCGCUUAAAAAUAAAAUUGUUUUAUCUUGUUUUUUAGAAUUUAAACCAUAAAAUUGGGUCUGAAUUAAAUUUUUAUAUUAAAUCUACGUGAAGUGUCAAAUCUUCAUGGCUAACGAUAGAGAAGUUCUACGGGAAAUAUGGGACGGAAAGUUACCAAUUUGUUUUCAAUUAGCUCAAGAAGAAAUCAUGGAAAUACAGCAACCAGAUGCAUUUUACGUGAUGGUCCCCCGAUUGAGUUAUUUUCCUCUCGUUACUGACAAGAUGAAAAGACACUUCCUGCGCUAUAUUUCUCAAGAAAAUUCCGACAGCGAAAUGUGGUUGGAUUAUAAUGGACAGCCACUUAAGUGGCACUAUCCCAUAGGUUUCCUGUAUGAUCUAUUUUGUGGCAAUGACCCACAACUGCCGUGGCAUCUAACUGUGCAUUUCACAAAGUUCCCUGAAGACAUCCUUCUACAUUGUAAUAACAAGGAUGUAGUAGAAGCACAUUUCAUGUCUACUGUGAAAGAGGCUGAUGUACUCAAACACAGAGGUCAAGUGAUGUCUACAAUGCAAAAGAAGGAUCACAACCAGUUAUGGCUUGGUUUACAAAAUGACAAAUUUGACCAAUUCUGGGCAAUAAAUAGGAGAUUGAUGGAAUCACAUGGUGACAAUGAAGGCUUCAAACACAUUCCUAUAAAGUUAUAUUCUGAUGAUGGUAUAUGCAGUCAAAGGCUAGUCAGUCCAAAGAACAGCGAUGGCAGUAGGAAGACAUUGCAACAAAUGACUGCUGAAUUAUAUCCGGAUAAACCUGAUGUGCAAUUGAGAACACACGGGAUAGUAAUUCCAUCAGACACACCACUGCAAUGGCUUUCUGAGCAUUUGAGUUAUCCCGACAACUUCCUACACCUGUGUGUGUUUUAAACAUAUUUAUUUUAUACUUUAAUGCAUAGCCAUAAUGUUAAGUGUUAUUUCUGGUCAAUCAUACACAAUGUAAUUAUGUUUAAUUUUAUUUUAUUUUGAGAAUUCACUUUCAGUGAAUAAAAAAACUAUUUAGGAUUAGUUGUCUACCAAACAAUGAAAUCCUUGCACAUUGACAUAGGCUGAAUAAUCAAGCGUAUUGCUUUGCCAUGUAAAAUUAUAAGGUCAGUGUUAUUAAAAUUAUCAAUACAUCUGUUUGGUAAAAACUAACCCUAACAAUUAGAGACAGAGAACAUUCCUUAUUAAUUUUCUGAACAUUAACUAAGCCUAGGUAUUAUUUACAGAUCUCAGUUAACAUGUAAAUCAAAUGAACAUUCAGUAGUCUUACUAGAACAUGAAAUUGUUUUACAAUAAAUAAUGACACGAUUUUACAUAAUUAUUGUGAUAAAACAGUUCUUUUUUCAUGAAAUGAAAUGAACUUUGUUUCAUGAUAAUAAUAAAUUCUGCAAAUCAAACAUUCUUUGAAAUGCGCAUUAUUUCAUCUUACAAAAUUAACAACUAUUUUGUACAAAGAAGGUUUAAAGCUAAAUAAAUAUUAAUAACUCAACAAACAUAAAAAAUAUCACAAGAUUACCCUUAAACUGGACAUUAGUUAUAAUUCAAGCUUCUGCUUAUUCUUUUGAAUUACAUAAGGAAUGUGUCUUGUAAAUCGCUUGCAUCCAUUGUUAGCAAAUAUUGGCUGGUCUUCAUUCGGGCCAUAUGUUAUGACAGAUAAAGCUUCCCUGUAAAAAUGUGAAUAAAAACAAAGUUAUUUAUGUGCUUGAAAUAAAAUAUUAUUAUCAUA